AUGAGAGCUGAUAUCUGCAUCUCCACAGUCAGUUAUUCAAACUCACUUGCUGAGAUGAAGACAUCAAGAGUUACUGUUAGCGCACUUAUAUAUGUUUUAUUGUUCAGUCAGACAGUAAUUUAUGGAGCAGAAAUCGAGAUGAAGGUCAGACCAGGAGACAACAUCACUCUUCACUGUGACCGUCCUUUAACUCGUGGUUCAAGAAUUAUGUGGAUGAAAAACAGUUCUUAUGAAUUUCAACCCUCUCUCAUAAUAGAUUAUCGGAAAUUAAAUAAAGAGUCCUUUAGUCGUUUCAGUUUUCCUAAAAACUCCAACAUUAAUUCUUUUGAUCUACAUAUUAAUAACAUUACAGUCUUUGAUCUGGGACUGUACUACUGUGCUGAAUAUGACAAAAAGAUAAAUGAAGAUGAAGAAGGCAUUAUACACUCAUCUGAUGUGUAUUAUUAUGGAAACCGAACAACUCGUCUUUCUCUCGCUGUAACUUCAUGUUCUGGAGACCCCAGAAGCACCGUCUUUCCUCCUACUCCUGUAUCAGACUGUUUCCUCUGCUGGAUGCUGCUGGUCAGUGUUUGUGUUGUGUGUUUUCUCCUCUGCUUCAUCUGUGUCUACUGCCUCUGUCAGAGGAAAACUACAGGUUAUGAGAGUGCAAAGAUGCUCACAGUAAAUGUUAUGAAGAUGGAUUCGACAGAGAAACAUCAAUGUGAGAUGAGUAAGACUGGAAAGUUCUGCCAUCAUUCUGAAGUCACUUAUAGACUCCUGCCAUCUGAACAUCACUAUGAAAAGAUGUGAAUCUCUCUGAUCAGUUUAUGUAAACUCAGCUUUCAUCAGUAGAAACUGCUCACUGCACAUAUUUGUACUCAACUAUCUCAGUUAAGAUCUUCAAUCAAUUAUACAUUAACCGCAUUUAGGUACAAAUAUAUAAACUACCAAACACAAAAGUUAUAUACAAUACACAACGUAUUUACAUAUUUUGUAAAUGACCACAAUAUAUUAUUGAAGAUCUUUGUCAAUUAAUUUUUUUAUCAUCUUUCUGAAGACCGGAUGAUAUGUGUUCACAUGUGUUGAUUUUUAUUCUCAAAAUGUUUAGGUGUUUUAUGAUAAGCACACACACAAUAGACAUGGUGCCCACAUAUCUAUGCACUUGCUUCCGUUGAAAUAUAGAGUUUAAAACUUUUUGUUUUUGUUAACAAAUGUUUACAUGGGGCUCCAGACUACCUUUCUGUUUUGAUAAUCACUCAUAACCCAACUAAGUCAAUUAUGUCUGGUGAUCUUGGAUUACUCUCAGGACUAAGCUAAAACAUAAAGGGGACAGAGCCAAACUAUGGAAUGCCUUACCAGUGUCUAUUUGAAUGGUACCACCUCUUUCCAUGUUUAAAACAAAGCUUAAAUUGUAUUUUUUAUGUACAGCGUUUAACA